AUGACGCAAUUGUCGAUCGUCUAUUCUGAAUUAUUCGAUCUACCCGAUUUGUCGAACUUUAAACAAUUGGAAAGUCUGUACUUAGACCAUAAUCAUAUCGAAUUGAUUACGAGAAGUUAUUCAACAGUUAAAAUUCUUUCGUUAACCUCGAAUCGAAUCUAUGCGCUGCAUCAAACAAACCUAAGUUAUCCGAAUUUGGAAUAUUUUGAUCUUAGUCACAAUCCGAUCGAACAUAUAACUCGAAAUUAUUUUUCUAAUCUACUAUUUCCUCGCUUGAAAGUUCUCAAAUUCGUCAAUGCGUUGAAGCAUCUCAAUCUGUAUAUCAUGGAUGAACACUUUCUUUCGUUUUCGUUAUUAAAUUCGCUGAGCGAAAUCUAUUUCGACGAUAAUCAUUUCGAAGAAUUUCUCUGCUCGAAGUCAAUCGAACAUAUCCAGUGGAGGUUGCCAAUAAAUCUAAAGAAACUCUCCCUACGUAACAACAAAUUACACGUUUUUGAUGGAAAUUGUUUAACACAAAUGUCGAACCUGACCGAAUUAGAUCUACACUCGAAUCAACUAAUAUAUUUAUCCCCACUGAAUUUUACUUUACCAUCAUUAACUAAAGUUCAACUUGAUGAAAAUGCUUUUGUUAAUAUUUCCGUUGAUUUCUUUCGAUCAACUCCACAAUUGAACGAACUUGAUCUAUCUCGAAAUCCCUUGAAUGUGAAACAAAUUCAGUUAAGAAAACAACCGAUAUUUCCUUCGAGUUUAAAAAUCUUAUAUCUGGAUGGACUUUCAAGUGAUCUUUCAUGUUCAUUAUUCGAAAAUCUGAUACAAUUAGAAGAAUUGUCUUUGGCAAAUUUAGCAUCUGUUCGUUUGAAGAGUUGUCUAUUCAAAAAAUUGAUUAACUUAAGACUACUCAAUUUAAGUAAUCAUCAUUUGAAAACAUUCGAUGAAUCAGUCUUUCAUCCAUUGUUAAUCAUGAAACAACUCGAUAGUCUCGAUAUAACGAGUCAAAAACUUCGUUGUCACUCAUGUUCACUACGAUGGGUAAACGAAUUCUUAAAAAUCGAAAACAUGACCGAUGUUAUUUGUCUCAAUGAACAAGGACAAGAAAUUUCACUGAAUACAAUCAAUUCACCGUCGUGUUCAUCGAACAAUCUAUUUUUCAUUCUAAUGACUAUAAUUUCAAUUGUAUUAUUAUUAGUUUUUCUUGUUCUUCUCUUAGUUUGUCUGGACAAACAACGAAAAUACCAGUUCACCAAUUUUCGACCUGUUUAUCAUAUGAUACCAUUGCGACAUUAUCAUGAUCGCAUCUAUCAAGAAACAACGGAAGACAUAACAAACGAUAAUGCUCUUCUACAAGCACAUGAUGUUGUUGCACACGAAGUUUAUGCUGAUGAGACUGGACAUGCUGCAUCACCUUACCUUGGAAAGAAUACAUCUGCACUCGAGCCUACGAUUGAGAAUGACUAUACCGGCCAGAAUGGCAGCAGACAGAAUGAUGAAGAUGGAGAUGGAAUUAGUGAUGCAGCGUGUGAUGUAACACGUGUUCGACUUGUUCAGUUUCAACGCAACACAGAUGAACCAUUGGGUAUAACACUUCGUAUGACUGAAAAUAAGCGAUGUAUCGUGUCACGCAUACUCAAUGGUGGUAUGAUCCAUAGACAAGGUACAUUACAUGUCGGUGAUGAAAUCAAAGAAAUCAAUGGACAAACUAUUUCCAAUCAUCCGAUACAAUACCUACAACAAAUGCUGCGAGAUGCUCGUGGCAGUAUCACGUUUAAAAUCGUACCCAGUUAUCGAAGUCAACCACCACCUUGUGAUAUCUAUGUCAAAACAUUAUUUAGUUAUGAUCCUAAAGACGAUGAGUUGAUACCGAGUGCACAAGCAGGUAUCAAGUUUAGCAUUGGAGAUAUUCUACAAGUGAUCUCGAAAGACGAUCAUAAUUGGUGGCAAGCGAAAAAGAUCGCAUCACAUCAGAGUACAAACGAACAAGCAAUCAAUCAUUAUCAUGGUGACUUCAAUAAUUCACCUGCUGGUUUAAUUCCAUCACCUGAAUUACAAGAAUGGAGAAUAGCUACGAAUGCAAUUGAAAAAGCAAAAGAUGGAAGUGCUAAUUGUGGUGUGUUCAGUCGAAAACGUAAAGUCAUGAAAGACAAAUAUUUAGCUAAACAUAAUGCUGUAUUUGAUCAACUUGAUUUGGUCACGUACGAAGAAGUAAUUCGAUUACCUGAAUUUCGUCGAAAGACACUUGUUCUACUUGGUGCGCACGGUGUUGGUCGUCGACAUAUUAAAAAUACAUUAAUUACUAGUCAACCUAAGCAAUUCGCCUAUCCGAUUCCUCAUACAACACGAUUGCCGAAGAAAGAAGAAGAAAAUGGAAAGAAUUAUUAUUUUGUUACUCACGAGGAAAUGAUGCGUGAUAUUGCUAAUAAUGAGUAUUUAGAAUAUGGCACACAUGAAGAUGCCAUGUAUGGAACUAAACUUGAAACGAUACGAAAUAUCAAUCGACAGGGUCUUAUGGCCAUUCUCGAUGUCGAACCGCAAGCAUUGAAAGUUCUACGAACAGCCGAAUUCGCUCCCUAUGUUGUUUUUAUUGCAGCACCUGAUCUCUCGCAAAUUAAAGGCGUUAAUGAUGAUAGUUUAGAAAGAUUAGUCAAAGAGAGUGAACUCCUUCAACAAGCCUACGGACAUUAUUUUGAUUAUGUUAUUGUUAACAAUGAUAUCGAAGAAACAAUUCGCACGUUACAACAUGCGAUAGAACGAGUUAGCGUUCAAUCUCAAUGGGUACCUGUUAGUUGGGUGUAUUGA